AUGGUUCAAAACUCAAUUCAAUACAUGCGUUUUCUUGAGAAAAUCUUUGGCAGUAAAAUAACAUAUGACUUUUUUGUGCGCCGGACUAUUUAUGACUGUUUCUGUGCCGGAGCGAAUGAUCAUGAGCUCAAGAAAACCAUUCGCGCGCUAGUUAAGGCGCAUAUUGGUGUCGUCCUUGAUUACGCCGUGGAGGCGGAUUCCGAAGGCUUUGCCCCGGCCCCUGGGAUCCCCGAAGCCCCGGACCUUUCGAUGGGUAGCCUUGUGAACAAGUGCAACAUCCAAUACAUGAUGAAUGAGAAUAUGUUCGAUGAGAACAUGAAGCUUUACAUGGUCAGCAUCAUGCAUGCCUCUCUGCACACCCCUGUAGGGACCAAUGGUCUGGCGGCGGUCAAGGUCACCGCGAUGUGUGACCCACAGCUGUUGGCACGAAUGUCGGCCAUUUUGAUGUCGAUUCAUCAGAGCUGGUAUACCUGCUUUACCAAAGAAAAGGCACCCAAAUUGGAGGAAUGUCGUAUUGUCAUGGGGGUGGGCCGUGAGGACCAGGUCUACAUCAGUUAUCAGAACCUCCGGGAGGGAUUUGAGCUCCUGGGGGAUGGGACCCCUUUGUCUGAAGAUGAAUUUAAUAAAGUGAUCGAGCUUCUCGAUCCCAAGAAAGAGAAUAAAAUAAACUAUUUUCUCUAUAAGGAAGUGCUUACAGAAGCCAUUACCACACCAGAGCCCACCAGUACUCAGUGUAUUUUUAUCAAACGGUUGCCAACAACGAGCUAUAUGGAGAAGAAAUUAUGGAGAGUCUUUGUAAAGCGUGUGGAUCACGUUAUAAGUACUGCUCAGGCGUUGGGGGUCCGAGCACUUAUAGAUGCCGAGCAAACCUUUUACCAGCUUGCCAUCGAUGCCAUUGUUGUGUAUAUGCAAAAGCGCUACAACAAGGAUAUACCUGUAGUUUACAAUACGUACCAAUGUUACCUAACCUACGCUGAGGAUCGCGUCGCUAACGACUUGAUUCGUGCCAAGAGACUUGGCUUCCAGUGGGGUGGUAAAGUCGUGCGUGGUGCGUACAUGCUGCAAGAGGUGGUGACUGCCAAAGAAUAUGGUUAUACCAGUCCCAUUUGGCCUACCUAUGAACAGACGAACAAGUGCUACUUCAACACAUCGAACCGGAUUAUGGAUAAUCUACUGGCAAAUCCUGGAACGAAUUAUGAGGCAUUAUUUGGGACCCACAAUCGUGAAUCACUAGAGUUAAUAACUAAUAUGGUUUUGAAGAAUCCUACGCUAGGCAAGCAUGUGUCGUUUGGUCAGUUAUUUGGCAUGCGGGAUAACCUUACGAUUCCUCUUGCCAAAGCGAACUUUAAGGUCUACAAGUAUGUUCCAUACGGACCGGUAAGGGAUUCUGUACAUUAUUUGAUUCGUCGUGCGAUUGAAAAUUCAUCCGUUUUAUCUAACCCGAACAACCAAGAGGGAAUAAUGAUUAAACGUGAAAUACGGCGCAGAUUCUUUUUACCUUAA